AAGAUGGCGGCCUCAGGCCGAAAAAAUAGGGGAGCGCGGGAGCGGCAGGGGCAGCGAUUCGACUGUGAAAGGAGCAAUCUCGCUGAUUAGGUGGCAAGUUGGGUCAAGAGGCAGGAAGCCCAGAAGCCGAAGUGAAACACACGGUGCCACCACACCUGGUCCCCAGGAUGGGGGAAUGGCACAAGAUCUUCCGCCAAAGCCUAACCGUGCCUCCGCGUAACGUCCGGAGGCCAAAUUUGCCGCUCCAGCAAUCGGUGCCAUUUCAGUGCGUCUUAAAGAGUGUACACGGGAAUGCCUUGAAACAAAAAGUUCUGGAGAACAUGGCAGAGGUGGCAUUCCAGCUGCGCCUUUCGCUCUUCGACGUGGCCUACCGCCAGUUCUUCGGCAGGACCUGGAAAAGCCCCCCAAGGCCUCUGACAUCCGUCCCGGGGCAGCCACCCUCCGUGGUCUUCAAUGAGACGGUGUAUUUCCUCACCUCUUCGGGUCACCCCGGCGUCUUGAUGGUGCUAGAAAUCGUGGCGACCGCAAAGGGACAGGAUGCGGCACCCCAGGAACUCGGCUGCGGCUUCGGGCUCCUUCGGUUGUUGAACGGCAAAUCUGAGCCGGUGAUUUGGAACUCGGCGGGCAAAGGGCUCCCUUUGUACCAAGGGACCCCCCGUGCUCUCCUGCACCCACUGCUCCAGGAGCCCAUAGAGAAGAACAAGUACCUGACAGUGAUGGAAAACACUCACCUGCAGUGCACCCUGCAGCUCCACCCACCUUUGGAGGCCAUUUACCACCUGCUGCCUGAGAAUAUCCCUGUGUCCAGUGGGCAGAAGGUCCCGGGGGUCUUAGCAUCACCUGAAGGUGACUCUUUGCAGAAGCCCCACCUGAUGAAGACCCAGACGUCGUACCUGGACAAGCUGACCGUCCACCUGUACCCUUCCCUGGAGAAGUUUGAGGAGGAGCUGCUGGUCCUGCUUAUGAAUGAGCAGGUUAACUCGGUCCUGGACGGGACCUCCCUCGCAAUCCAGGAGCGCCGGCUACACAUCGGCGUCCACAACGGCUUGUGCUUCGUGCAGCCCCCGCAGGUGGUGGUGCUAGUCCCUCUGGCAUUGCCAGAGGCCGAGAGAGCCCCGGGAAGCAGUGUCAGCAUGCGCCGGAAACACGGAAGUCCCCUCAAAGGCAGUGCCGAGGGACAAGCUCUCAUCCUGCGAAGCCGCAUCCACCUGGCCGAGAUGGUGCCUCACCCUGCUUUUGGAGUGGUCUUCCUGUUGGAAUAUGUCUUCUCCGUUGUAAGUGGACCUGAUGGGAAGACGCCCUCCAUGACCUCUCUGACGGCCGCAGCCUACAUGCACUCGGUCCGCUGGGCCCUUUGGCAGCCUGUCCUGGAUGCGGAUCCCACGGAGGUGGUCCUUCCUUUGCGAGGCGGCCCUCAGCGGAAUCCCCACCACGUCCUGGUGUACAAGACCCCUCCGGCCACCAUGAGCUCCGAAGAGGUGAAGCAGGUCGAAUCAGGCAUGCUGGCCUUUCACUUCUCCACCAGCUCCGAGGAACGACUGGGAAGAGGGGCCAAAACUCCGGGCGUUAAGAGAGAAACGUCGCUGCCCCCCAAGAUGAAGAGCCCCCCCGUGGCAUCUCCCGGUUCCCCACCUUCCGCCCAGAGGUUGGUUUCUACUCAGGAUGACACUCAGGGUCCUGGGCUGUCGAUGUCGCAACUGUUGGCGUCCCCGAGAAACAAGAGUGACCACACAUUGCUGUCGCCGGUCAGCAGUGCUCAGCCGUCCCAGGACAGACUGCAGCCAGCCAGAGAGCCGGAGCAGAACCAAGGAGCCAUUGCUCACCUGGAGUGCGACCUGAGUUACAACCCUCAACUCGAGGACCAGCUGCAAGAGCUGCCCUUCACACCAGUCCACGUGCCCAUCCUGGCCCUGGGAGGGCCCCCUUCGCGGAGCCCCAACACCGCCCCCACCAGGGCCUCGCUUGCCCGCCUCCGCACGGCCGGAUUCCCUGAGCUGCUGGAUUGCAACAAGGAGCCGGUUGAGAUGUUGGAUCCCAAUGAUCCCACCCCCGGCAGCCCCCAGCAGGAGGAAGGCGACCCCUUGCCCGACCACGAGAUCCACCUGCAGUUCCUGGCCUUGAGCAGGCCUGCCCAGGACGACCCUGCUACGUGGCCCCAAAGCGUCUACUUCACCCUCCAGUUUUACCGCUUCCCGCCGGUCACCACGCCACGGCUGCAGCUGGUCCAGACUCAGGCCUGUGGGCCGGCCACCCACAUCUUGGUGCAGAUCAACCCAGACGGGACCCUGACCCUGGCCCCCCCUGGCUUCCACCUGAAGUACCUGGUGGACCUGGCCUCCCUGAAGCCCGGUGAGCCACGCUGGUUCCUCCGCUACCUGGCCCAGCAGGCCCUGCAGAUCGACGUCUGGGACGGGGACUCGUUGCUCCUUUUGGGAUCUGCUGCCGUGAAGCUAAAGCACCUCCUGCGCCGAGGCCGGACGGGGGUCCAGGUCUACCACGAGUUGGAGGUCCUGGCCAUGGAGUACAAGCCGGACGCGGCCGUGCUGAGCGGGGAGGCCUUCCGGCCCUGGGGGGUGAAGCCCAUCGGGGUCCAGGCGGUGGUGAGGGCCCAGCUUCACCUCCGCCUGGCCAACAUCGGCCGCCGGUGUGAACGGGGGCUGCGGAGGUCACACUCCUUACCCCCUUCUUGCAGGCGGAUCAUCUCCUCGCAGGACGGCGCCAAGGGCUUCCCUGGUGGCAGUUUGGUCUCUAUCAGCACUCACGGGGGCGGAAACGUGUGCCAAGCCAAAAAACUGGCCGACGUGGACAGCGAGCUGGCCGCUCUCCUUUUCUCCCGCUUGCGGGAAGUGAGCGGCGUCUUGCAACCCGCCAGCCAGGAAGGCGGCCUCACCCGACGCCGGAAAUUGGAGAGGAUGCUUUCGGUCCGGAGGAAGGAGUCCCAGGAGGGCGACGUUGGAAGGAAAAGCAGCUUCAUCUUGGGGCGGCAUGAGGACCGGGUUCAGCAUUCCCGAGACCUCCAGCUGAUCGAGGCGUACCGGGAGCGCAUCAAAGCCCAGAGCAUCACCUCCAUGCUCUGCCAAGCCAUCACCACCCACCACGUCAUCUACGCCACGUUGGGCACAGCCGAGUUCUUUGAGUUUGCCCUGAAGAAUCCCUACGGCGUCCAGCACACGGUGACCAUCAGAAUCGAUAACCCGGAGCUCAGCGUCAUCCUGGACGUCAGAGAGUGGAGGCAUUUUAAAGAACUGACCCAAACUGUCACACCGUUGGAAGAGGACAUGUUUCAUCUUCACAAUGGCCUCACUCCUCAGGUCUACCUCCGUCCCAAGGAGACGGUCUACAUCCCCUUCAAGUACCAGACUUUCUCCAUGGAGCAGGCCGCCAUGAUGCAGCAAGGUCCCCCCGAGCCGACAUCUAAGAAAGGUGAGAAGGUCCCCAUGGCCACCUCUUCUGGAAAGUUCAGCGAGACUCUACGCAUCAAGGUCUCCUUCACGGUGGGCAACGGCAAGCCCCUCGCCAUCCUGAGCGUCAGCGUGGAAACCCAGCCCCACCCGGUGGAUCAGACCUUCCGCUUCUACCACCCGGAGCUGACCUUCCUGAAGAAAUCCAUCCGCCUGCCUCCGUGGCACACGCUCCCAGGGGCUCCGGUAGGCGUUCCUGGUGGAGAACCUGAGAUGUUUGUCCGCUGCAGUGACCCCAACGUCAUCUGCGAGACCAAGAAAAUGGGACCUGGGGAACCUCAGGACAUCUUCCUGAAAGUCGCUGCGGGUUCCAGUCCCCAAAUCCAGAGGUUCUUCGUGUUGAUUUACAUGGACCCCUGGCUGACUGCGCCGACCCAGACCUGGCAGUUCUACCUCCACUGCCUGCAGUGGGUCGAGGCCAGCUGUGUCCUGGGGCAGCUGACCCGGCUCUCCCUGGUGCUCCGGGGCACACACGCCACCCGCCAGGUCAAAGCCUUCACCUCCCGCCCGCAAGAGAUGAAGCUGGAGCCGGACGGGGUCUUCGUCCUGCCGGCCAACGGGGUCCAGGACCUGCACCUGGGACUUCGGCCACAGAGCGCCGGCAGCCGCUUCAUCUCCCUCAACCUGGUGGACGUGGACUUCCACCAGCUGGUCUCCACCUGGCUGGUCUCCGUGUCCUGCCGGCAGCCCUUCAUCUCCAAGGCCUUCGAAAUCGCGCUGCCUUCCGGCGGAGGGAAGGGCUUGAACAAGAGGAUCACCUACACCAACUCCUAUCCGUCCCCCCGGGCCUAUUCCCUGCACACCAACCACCCGGAUUUGCUGCGCUUCAAGGAGGACUCCUUCCAGGUGGGGGGCGGGGAGACCUACACCAUCGGUUUGAGGUUUGCCCCCAGCCAAAACGCCGGCGAGGAGGAAAUCCUGAUUUACAUCAACGACGCCGAAGGGAAGAACGAGGAGACGUUCUGCGUGAAGGUGGCCUACCAGUGACGGGGCGUCGGAGCAGGCCAUGAAGACGGAGCCAUCCCCAACUUGAUGUUGACUUCAGAUGACUGUUAAUCAAUCC